ACAAAACCUGACGCAUCCGAAGCGUCACUUAAAGACGGUACCAAACCGUAGCCUCCCUGGGGUAUAAUUGCGUGGGUGAGAAAGCUUCAAGUCUGGGAACUAUUCAGUUUGGAAUGGGAGAAGUGCGAAGCGAUGAAUGAGAGGAAGCCGUGGGUCGCUGCGAUUAACUCAGUGACCAUCGCAAAUCCAGCCAGUGGAAGGGAAGAUUAUCUUCCAAUGAAAAGGGUUAUCAAUAAAGAAUCCUACACGUCUCAGUAUGAGCACAAUUUACCCAGUCGUUUCAAUGAGGAUAGGCCACGAAGGCAGACGGUGCAAAAAGGAAGAAGACAGGCAUUCCGAGGGCCAGCUUACAUGUUUAAUGACAGGUCCACAAACCUAACUCCUGAAGAGGAAAGAUUUCUAGAUGCAGCUGAAUAUGGGAAUGUUCCUGUGGUCAGAAGGAUGCUAGAGGAAUCAGAAUCACUUAAUGUGAAUUGUGUUGAUUACAUGGGCCAGAAUGCACUGCAAUUGUCUGUAGCAAAUGAGCAUUUGGAGGUCAUAGAGCUCCUGCUGAAGAUUGAUAACCUGUCACGCGUUGGAGAUGGUUUGUUAUUGGCCAUCAGUAAGGGAUAUGUGCGAAUAGUGGAGGCCAUCUUGAAUCAUCAUUUGUUUGCUACAACACACACACUGGCUCUGAGACCAGAACAAUAUAAACCAGAGUACAAUGAUUUUUAUGCCUAUGACGAAGAUGGUACCAGGUUUUCCCAUGAUAUCACUCCAAUCAUCCUGGCAGCUCAUUGCCAAGAAUAUGAAAUAGUUCACAUCUUAUUGAGAAAGGGAGCCCGUAUUGACCGGCCCCAUGACUAUUUUUGCAAAUGCACGGGGUGUACUGACAAUCAAUUGGAUGACUCUUUCAGCCACUCUAGAUCUCGAAUUAAUGCCUACAGAGGCUUGGCAAGCCCUGCCUACUUAUCACUCUCCAGUGAGGAUCCAGUACUAACGGCUCUGGAGCUCAGUAAUGAGCUCAAUGUGCUGGCAAACAUUGAGAAGGAAUUUAAGAACGAUUACAAAAAAUUAUCUAUGCAAUGCAAAGAUUUUGUUGUUGGACUUCUAGACUUGUGCCGGAUUACCGAAGAAGUGGAAGCCAUUUUGAAUGGGACUGUGGAAACCAAUUCUAGCAGCAACCGACACUUUCGACCGAGCCUUAGUCGACUAAAAUUGGCCAUUAAAUGUGAGGUCAAAAAGUUUGUAGCUCAUCCAAACUGCCAACAGCAGCUUCUAUCUAUCUGGUAUGAAAAUCUCUCAGGAUUACGUCAGCAGUCAAUAACAAUCAAGUUUCUGGUAGUGCUUGCUGUAGCCAUUGGCCUACCAUUCCUGGCCUUGUGUUAUUGGAUUGCUCCCUGCAGCAAGCUGGGGAAAAUCUUGCGAGCACCAUUUAUGAAAUUUGUCGCACAUGGUGCUUCUUUCACUGUUUUUCUUGGCCUACUAAUUAUGAAUGCAGCUGACAGAUUUGAAGGCACCAAGCUCCUGCCAAAUGAGUCAACUACAGAUCAUCCCAGACAGCUCUUCAGAAUGAAAACAACUGGCUUCACAUGGAUGGAACUUUUAAUUAUUUCCUGGGUAAUAGGGAUGAUCUGGUCAGAAUGUAAAAAAAUGUGGUCGCAAGGCCCGAGGGAAUAUUUGCUGGAACUUUGGAACUUAUUAGACUUUGGAAUGCUAGCCAUCUUUGCAGCAUCAUUCAUAGCACGAUUUAUGGCAUUUUGGCAUGCCUCCAAGGCACAGAGUUUUGUGGAUGAAAAAAUCAAAAUGGAUUUAGCUAAUGUGACUCUUCCAACAGAAAUAGAGUACUACACCUUUGCUCGAAGUAAAUGGUUUCCAUCUGAUCCCCAACUUAUAUCAGAAGGCCUUUAUGCAAUAGCAGUUGUGCUGAGCUUCUCUAGAAUUGCAUACAUUCUUCCAGCUAAUGAAAGCUUUGGGCCUUUACAAAUAUCUCUAGGAAGAACUGUGAAAGACAUAUUCAAAUUCAUGGUCAUAUUCAUCAUGGUUUUUGUAGCCUUCAUGAUUGGAAUGUUUAAUCUUUAUUCACACUACCUUGGAGCAAAGCAAAACAAUGCAUUUACAACUGUUGAAGAAAGCUUUAAAACUUUAUUUUGGGCUAUAUUUGGAUUAUCAGAAGUCAAGUCUGUGGUCAUCAAUUAUAGUCACAAAUUUAUUGAGAACAUUGGCUACGUUUUAUAUGGCGUAUACCAUGUGACAAUGGUCAUUGUCCUCUUAAAUAUGCUGAUUGCGAUGAUUAAUAGCUCUUUUCAAGAGAUUGAGAGUGAUGCUGAUGUGGAAUGGAAGUUUGCCAGAGCCAAACUAUGGAUUUCCUAUUUUGAAGAAGGACGGACACUUGCAGUGCCAUUUAACUUGGUGCCAAGCCCAAAGUCCUUCUUCUAUCUCCUAAUGAGAAUUAAAAAAUCACUGACCAGCCUUUUGAGAUGCAGAAAAGGAGAGUAUCAGGAAAAUGCAGAAAUGGAAAAGCUCAGGUACAGCAAACAUUCGAGUAUACGAAGUACUGAAGAUCAUAGUUUACAAAACAUCAGGAAUCCACCAACAAGGUACCAGAAAAUAAUGAAACGUCUCAUCAAGAGAUAUGUAUUGAAAGCACAAAUGGAUAGGGAAAAUGAUGAAGUCAAUGAAGGUGAACUCAAGGAAAUCAAACAAGAUAUAUCUAGUCUCCGAUAUGAACUCCUUGAAGAGAAAUCACAAAACACAGAAGAUCUUGCUGAAUUAAUCAGAAAACUUGGAGAAAAAUUGGGAGCAUAAUCCAAUAAGAAGGCUAACGUAGCAUAGUGACAUAAUAUCUUAAACACCUUUUACCAAAUCGGUAACUAUAACAAUGGAUUUUGCAUGUUUAUUACAAUAAUGCCAAAUGCAAUUUUAGACACAAACAUUCCACUAAGAAUUGAGUAUGUAAUCAAAUCAGUAGUUCUACAGUAAUUUGUAUAAUAUCAGGUAUUGUUUUAUCAUAUUAUCAGGAAACACUGAGGUACACAUUAUAUUAAAAUGUUUAUAAAUAAUGAAAACUUGUGUGAAAUGUAUGUUUUCUUGCAAUAAAGGGGAUCUCAUAACAA